AUGCCGUCGGCGAAUCCUGAUGGUUUCGAAAUUUCAAAUGAAGGUGACGAAAGUGGUAUUGUUGGACGCAACAAUCUUCACAAUGUGGAUUUAAAUCGUAAUUUUCCUGAUCAAUUUGGAAAAACUUAUGAAAAUAUGGUACAGGAACCGGAAACUAAAUUAAUCAUGAAAUGGUCAAAGUCACAUGCAUUUGUAUUAUCAGGUAAUUUACACGCUGGUUCACUUGUCGCAUCCUAUCCAUUCGACGGAAGCGCAAAUAUGACUGCAUAUUAUUCUGCUUCACCGGAUGAUGAAACAUUUAAACACUUGGCUACAGUUUAUAGUCGAGCUCAUAAAAGCAUGUAUUUAGGUCGACCUAAAUGUGAUGUGAUCACUUUUCCUAACGGAAUUACAAAUGGCAACAACUGGUAUCCAUUACAAGGUGGUAUGCAAGACUGGAAUUAUCUGUUUACUGGAUGUAUGGAGAUUACCUUAGAAUUGGGUUGUACAAAAUAUCCGUGGGCAUCAGAAAUCUCCACUUAUUGGAAUGAUAACAAAUAUUCUCUGGUUUCAUUUUUAUCUGAGGUUCAUCGAGCUUUACAUGGCUUUGUGUUAGAUGGUUCUACAAAUUCGCCUGUCGGUGGAGCUUCUAUACAUGUGGAAGAAUUCAAUCAUCUAGUCAACUCUACACCAUAUUUCGGAGAUUACUGGCGUUUACUACCGCCUACAGGUAUAUAUCAUGUAUGGGCGUCUAAAAUUGGAUAUUUCGAUUCUGUUAAAUAUGCAGUGAAUGCAUCUCUUCUCCCAUAUAUACCAUACACAAGUAGUGAACAGUUGAAUUUUACUUUAUGGCCUGAAGAUCAAUCAACUUUACAAUGGUCCAACCGAUUAGAUUAUGAUAUUCCUAUGAAUCGUUUGCCUAAAUUUAUAAAAGAAUCAACUUACGAAGAAGCGAUUAAAAAUUUGUUUAAAACUUCAUCUCAUUUAAUUCAAAAAUAUUUCAGACUUUAUGAAAUUAAGUUAUUUAAUAGUUUGGAGAGUUAUAAUAAUAAUAUUAUUAUAAAAAUGUCGACAGUAUACGGUGUCAGUUUGUCAGUUCCUGAUUAUCGAUAUUUGAAGACUCUACAUUCUAAUUAUGAUUCUGAUAAUCACGAUCACAAUGAUGCUGCCCUUUUACAACCUCAUUUUGAUAAAAUACGAAUUGUUAUCUUAGCUGGAUUAAAUAGUAAUGAGUUGAUUUCAACUGAAAUGACAAUGCGUUUAUUGCGUCAUUUAUAUACAGCCUUAGAUUCUUCAAGUUCAGAAAUUUGGCGUCUAUUAGCAACAAGCCAAUUGUUAAUAUUUCCAUAUUUAGAUCCUGUUGGUAUUCAUAAAUCUUUAUCUAUUGCAAAAAAGAACAGUGUUGGUGAUAGUCAAAGAACUUGUGGAUCAACAUCAGCUGAUCAUAAUGAUGGUGAUAUCUUUGACAAUUCAAAUUUCCAACGAAUGAUGCAUCAUUUUCAACCACACCUGGUUAUCUUGUUAGAGUCGAACAAUUCAAGUUAUCCAAUAGUAAAUAAAGCUAAUCGUACAAUCCAACUACCGUUUACUGCAGUUCAUAUACCGAAAGAUUUAAGCAAACGAAUUUCCAGUGCUGAGUUAUUUCAUAACUUAGCUGUUGGCUUUGGUUCCGGUGUAGAAGAUUUUGUUAACAAUCUGUUCAAUUGUACUACACAGUCUCCUCAGGCUGUAAAUAAAUUUUCGUCGUCUGGUAAACGUGUUCUAGAACUUUUCAAAGUAGAAGAGUCUACCUCAGCAUCAUCUGUCUCAUCUAUAAACUCAAAUAGUCAACGGGAUAUUGACACCGUCGCUGAUGAUGAUGAUAAUAAUAGUAAUAAUAAAUCGCCUUUAAUUGUACGUCUGCAUACAGGCUGUCAGCAUUUGUCUAGCUGUUCAUAUUUGGCUAAUCAUCAGUUGCCUGAAUUAUGGCAUUACACUCUGAUUGGAUUAGACAGAUUGCUUUCAGCUGUUAGAAAUUUAUCGUUUUGUGGUCAGCUUUUAAUUGAAUCGGGCCCGUUAACCACAAAUCUUAUGACUCGUCUUAUUGAACGUCGACAAUGGGUUGCAGCUCCAAAUCCACAGAUGAUUUUACAACCUGCAUUAUACUUUUUCCAACAUUCUAAUCAAUCAGUUGAUGAAAACUCAAGUGAAACCUGGCUAUCUGUAAAAAUUAAUUCAUCAACUGGUUAUUUUUGUGAACUCAUUCCUCCAAGUACAUAUCUUAUGUUUGCUUCUGCUGGACCAGACAAUUCAACACUAGAAAAUGCUUAUGAACAAGUUGCUAUGGCUAUCUCGUUUCAUUUAGACCACUUCAAUGGAAGAUCACAUAUUCGUUUAGAAAGAGAAUUAGAUGAAAUCAAUUUCAAUGGGCCAGAGGAUAUAUACGAUUAUAUGCGUAAGCGUACUACUGAAUCAGUGAAUUCAUCGUGUGGCAGAAUGUAUUCAAUUGGUCAGUCACAUUUAGGUAGACCUAUUUAUGCUUUUGAACUUGGUCCUAAAUAUACAACAUUAGAGUUGAUAAAUGUCAAUACAACCAGUACCAAUAGUAAUAAUAAUAAUAAUAAUAAUAAUAAAAAUUCAAAUGUAAUGCCCAAUAGUGAACUCUUUUUCGAUGUAAUCAAUGAUACUUAUCCUUUGAAUGAUUCCAUGAAACAUAUGCCAAAAAUAGCUAUUAUCGGUAAUCUACACGGACAUGAUCGUUUAACACCUCAACUAUUGACACAUUUCGUAAAUUUCCUGUGUGAUAGUCGUAGUAGUCAGAUAACGGUGAAUAACUUAUUGAAUUCGGCAACAAUUACAAUCAUUCCGAUUCCUAAUCCUGAUGGUUUGUACAAGUCGUGGAGUAAGAAACAUGCAUCAUCAUCUGCUGAUUGGAGAACGUCUGAAAGCUCACUGUUUGAUAAUGAUUAUUGUUAUCAUUCUAAAAGCACUGAUAAUACCGUAUUUCCUGGUUAUACAAAUGAUGCUGGUACAGAUUUGUGGGGACAGUUAAUCAGUCUAACCGGAAGUAAUUUAACUGUGAGUCAUCAAUGGUGGUGGGAAUCAAAGUCGAAGCUGGAGUCUUUAUCAAAAUCACUUGCACCAGAGAAUCUAGCUUUAGUGAAAUGGUUAAAGUUGCAUCAAGUUAAUUCUAUUAUAAGUUUUCCAACUGAUCGACUACCUGAUAUAAAUUAUGAUACAGACCCUAGUGAAUCACAGUAUGGUCGGGAUUUAUUACUAGAAAGUUAUAAUUGGUUAAGAUUUCUUGGUAAAUUACUUUCUCCAAGUUUUCAUCGUCCAUCCAGUAUGUGUACACUAAGUCAAUCACAAUUCUCUCAGAAAAUUUCUAAAAUAUCUGAUCGACGUCGCAGACCUGGUGAUUUUGGUUCUCAGCAAUACGAUCAUAAUAAUAAUAAUAAUGCACAAAGGCUGGAGAAUACAUUUGCCAAAGCUGCCGCUCUAUCCCUUAGUCUAGCCUCAAUGAAUCCAACAUUAGCCCUAGAAGAAACGGAGAAUUUUCAACUACAGUCCAGUCUGUCAUUCGCUCCUCCAUUGCCUUUAAUGAUACCGCCAAGUGUUGGUCUCACUCUAUGCCCUGGAUGUUUUUCACCUACUCCCACUGGUGUUGCUCGUGUAUGGACAGAUUACAGGUUUCCAAGUUUAUUACUUGCUCUAAUUGAGCAUACUAGUCUAACGGGGCUAGGAAGUCUUGGUCUAAUUGGUCAUGUUCAUGAUUCAAAUGAUCAACCAAUCUCAUGGGUUCGUGUACACAUCGAUUAUAUGCGUAGUGAAUUGUCCACUGGUUCAACUGAUCAAAAUGGUCAUUUUAGCGUUGUCUUACCACCAGGAGUAUAUCGUAUAACACUACGGGCUAAAGGUUAUUUAGAUUUGAGUGAAAUAAUCAAUGUGGAUAUAAUGAAAAGUCCUAUUCAUCGUGUAUUUCGUAUGAAACAUGUCGGUGGAUUGUCACCAGCUUAUCGUUUAUACGUGGUUGGUAUGAUUGCAUCAAUUGUUGCAAUAUUUUCAUUAACUUUAACUAUCUGUGUAUGCUAUCAUUUCUGUUGUCAUUCACGUGUACCAUAUGCAAUUGUAAGACGUUCAGUUGGUAGAUGGGAUAAAUCUUCACCAUUAUCAUCAUCAAGUCAUCAAACAAAGCGUGGACCAUAUUCACUAUUAGCUAUGGAUGAUAUACAUACUUCGUAUUGUAAUGAUAAUGAUGAUGAUAAAUAA